UUCUUUAUCCUUUUCCCUCUUCUUACUCUACACAACCACACAAAAAUGUCCCAACACCUUGUUUUGAACCGCACUGGCGACAAGAUGCCCCUUGUCGGUUUCGGCUGCUGGAAGGUUGAUCCCCAAGAUGCUGAAGACACCAUCUACAACGCCAUCAAGGCCGGUGUCAGAUUGAUUGACGGUGCUGGUGACUAUGGUAACGAAAUCGAGGUUGGUCGUGGUAUCAACAAGGCCAUCAACGAAGGUGUCGUCAAGCGUGAGGAGCUCUUUGUUGUCACCAAGAUCUGGAACACUUUCCACGCCAAGGAGAACGUCCGCCCCACUUUUGAGAAGCAGCUCAAGGAUCUCGGUUUGGACUACGUUGAUUUGUACCUUAUCCACUUCCCUGUUCCUCUUAAGCACGUCGCUAUUGAGGCCGCAUACCCUCCUGGCUGGUACCAGCCUGGCAAGUCUGAUGAUAUCGAGUUUGAGCGCUCGCCUAUCCAGGACUUGUGGCGCGAGAUGGAAAAGAUCGCCGAAUCCGGUGCUGCCAAGAACAUUGGUAUCUCCAACUUCAACGUCCAGCUCAUCUUGGACUUGUUGACCUAUGCCAACAUUAAGCCCGCCGUCUUGCAGGUCGAGCUCCACCCUUACCUCCAGCAGACCCGCCUUGUCGAAUGGGUUCAGAAGCAGGGUAUCCAAGUCACUGCCUACUCCUCGUUCGGCCCUGCCUCGUUCAUCCAGCUUACUGACGAUGGCAAGACCGCUGAGCCCUUGCUUGGCCACCCCGUCAUCAAGGAGAUCGCCGAAAAGCACGGCAAGUCCACUGCCCAGGUCUUGUUGCGCUGGUCCCUUGAGCGCAACGUCGCUGUCAUUCCCAAGUCCAUGAACGUCGAGCGCACCAAGUCCAACUUGGACAUCUUCUCCUUCUCCUUGUCCAAGGAUGAGGUCGCUGCCAUUGGCAAGCUCGAACUCGGCCUCCGCUUCAACGAUCCCUUCUCCUAUGGCUUUGGUCUCCCUCUCUUCUGCUAAAUAUUUUCCUCCCUCAUAUAUAUUCCCUCUCCGCAACUCCCGUCAACACACAACACAAAACCCUCAUGGGUGGGAUGAUGGCAUAAGAUGUGUACCAUAUUUGUAAAGAAAAAGGCUGGCACCUUGUUUGUAAACUUUUUGCCAAAAAUAUAAUAAUUAUCGCUUUUCAUCCUCUGUCAACCUUGUUCUUUCGCUGUCAUUCUGUUGUAUUAUCGCUCAGCAGCCUUUAAGAUUACAAAAUUCCGCCAAAUGACGAACCGGUAGUACAGCAAUGUUUGUAUGUAUAUCAG